AUGCUUGAUCCGUCUCUCGUGUACCUCGCGCCCACAUAUUUCCGUCGCAUAUUCUCUAGAGGCUUUUAUGCUCUUCGCGCUGGAUUCGUCUUCUUCUCAAACCCCGAUGCCCCACCCCCUCUACCCUCGCUCCCCUCAUCUCUCCCCCCAACCCUUCCCUCUCCCCGCCUCUCCAACUCUCCCCCCACUCUUCCCCCUACUCCUCUCCUUCCCUUGCCCGAUUUCUCUACCAACUCCCCAUCUGUCCCUUUCGUCCACCCUGUCUCUGUCUAUCGCCCCUUUCGUCGAUCCCUUCCGCGUCCUGUAACGCACACGCCCACUGAUGCCCAGGACACAGUAGCGCCAACAACCAUGCACCCAGCACCGCCUGCAGGACCGCCCGCUUCUCCCAGCGCAUCCCCUCCGCAAGACAACCCCCCAGCAUCGCCACCCCUGCCAGGUCCUGCCGUGCCCACCCCGCCCGCACAGCCACAGCCGGGCUCUACACCGUCCUCUGCCGCACCAUCCUGCACGCUCACUCAGGCUGCUGCUGUGGGUACCAUGGCAGAGCAAGCAGCACCCGCACCUUCUGUACCCGUCUCUCCACCGGACCAUCCUUCCACCGCCCCGCCCUUCCCGUUCGAUCCCUUGGCACCCAGCGCUCCUUCAUUCCAACAUCUGCCCUUCCUCUCCGCCGCACUCGCCCAGCAGCAGCAGCAGCAGCAGCAGCAGCAGCAGCAGCAGCACGAGGGCAUGAACGCCUCCCUGCUAGGUCCCAGGUAUGCCGGGGCAGGAGGCGCGUUUGGGGCAUUCCAGGAGGCACCACGAGUACAGAAGCGCUCCACAAUGCGCCUGCUGCUCUCCAUGCAGCAACUCGUGCUCGCCGCACAGGCCACCACGCCAGUGCGUCUCGCUGUAGCGCUGCUACUGGCGCUGCUCUACUGCCUGCGCAUGCUUCCACUGCACUGCCCGCACCUCACACACUGGCUGCGUGGCCUCACAGCAUCUGCUGGAGCAGGAACCGAGGCACCAGAGGGGCUGGCAGCAACAGCAGCGGGAUUGAAUGAAGCUUCUCUUUCCUCUCCCCCCGGGCUGCUGUCGCUCCUCUUCUUCCUGCCCGCGCACCCGUGUCUCACUGUGCUUGCCACGGACGCUGCUCUCAUCGCCUCCUCCUUGCUGCUCCACACGUUCAUCUCUCCGAGACAUGCCGCUGCCAGCCCUGCAGGCCUCGCAGGGCUGCUGCAGGGCUUGAGUGCGGCGGCAAGGCAAAGCGAGGGGGAGGGUGGGGGGGCAGGAGCAGCAGGAGCGAGCCCGUUGAGUGAGAUGAUGGGCAUGAUGGAGCGCACGGGGUAUUGGAUGGCGCGUGCUGGCAUGGUGACGGAUGUGCUGCAUGGGCUGCUGCUCAACCUCACUGUGUUCCUCGUGGCGCUGGGCUGUGCUGUGGCUGCUGCAGAGGCUGCAGGGCAAGGUGCCACGUGUGCUGCGGUGGAAUGGGGGUUGGAGGGGGCAGCGACGCAUGCAGGGGGGCUGCUGGAGCUGUGUCAGGCAGCUUGGGGGGAUGUUCAAGAUAGGUGGACUGUUGUGUUUCAAGGAAGGGGGUAG